CUCCGUAAGGAAAGUCGCUUCCACGGUGUCCACGGCGAAUCCUCCCCGAUGGCUUCCCGGGUGCUCUUCCUGUUCUUGGGUUUUGUCUGCCAUGUCGCUACUGCGGGACGGACUUGUCCCAGGCCAGACCAACAACCAUAUGCCACAGUUACUCCAUUAAAAAACGUCUAUGACCCCGGGGAGCAGAUAGUGUACUCCUGCCAGCCGGGCUACGAGUCCCGCGGGGGCAUGAGACGCUUCACCUGCCCGCUCACAGGCCACUGGCCCAUCAACACGCUGAAAUGCACACCCAGAGUAUGCCCUUUUGCUGGGAUCUUAGAAAAUGGAAUUGUGCGCUACACAACUUUUGAAUAUCCCAAAAUGAUCAGCUUUUCUUGCAACACCGGGUAUGUUCUGAACGGAACUGAUACCGCUAAAUGCACUGAGGAAGGGACGUGGAGCCCAGCCCUCCCUGUCUGUUCUCCGGUGACGGUGACGUGCCCUUUCCCACCCGUACCUAACUUUGCCACACUAAGUGACUAUAAGCCGAGGCCUGGGAAUAACUCCCUCUAUCAAGACAAGGCGGUCUUCCAAUGCUUGCCACAGUACGCCAUGUUUGGUAAUGACACGAUCACCUGCACGGCACAUGGAAACUGGACCGAGCUACCUGAAUGCAGAGAUGUGAAAUGCCCCUUCCCCAAAAGACCAGACCACGGAUUUGUGAACUUUCCUGCAAAAGAAGUACUUAGUUAUAAGGAUAAAGCCACCUAUGGGUGCCAUGAGACUUAUACCUUGGAUGGCCCGAAAGAGGUAGAAUGUAGCAAAUUUGGAAACUGGUCAGCAGAGCCAAGCUGUAAAGCAUCUUGUGAAUUACCCGUCAAAAAAGCUACUGUGCUGUAUGAAGGAGAAAAAGUCAAGAUCCAAGAAAAAUUUAAGAAUGGAAUGCUGCAUGGUCAAAAAGUGUCUUUCUUCUGCAAAAAUAAGGAGGACAAAUGUAGCUACACAGAAGAUGCUCAGUGCAUCGAUGGCACCAUUGAAGUCCCCAAAUGCUUCAAGACACACAGUGCUUUGGCUUUCUGGAAAAAGGAUGCUUCAGAGAUAGAGCCAUGCUAAACUGGUCUUCAGAACAAAAGGUCACCCGUGGAUCGGGGUUUGUCGAAGGCACCUAAUGAGUGUAAAAAUAAAGGUAGAUUCAUA